CCACUAUAUAUGCAUUACUGAAUCUAUAGAUACAUAGAGAUACAGGCGCGUUUUGAUCGAAGGGAAGACCUAGAUUUCAGUCACAGGUUUGCACUAAUUUUGGAUUGUGAUAAAUUUUCAGAUUGAGGUUUGGCGGUGGUGGUUGUGGUGGUGCCGUGGCGGUGGUGGUGGAAGUGUGAAGAGUACAGUGGUUGCUGUAUGUCAGUAGAUUGCGACUCGCAUUGCGGUGGAUUGGGUGAGCUUGCUAAUCAGUUACAAUGGCCACAACUGCGAAAAAGGCGACGCCUACUAAUGUUUGUUGCGCUGCCGAUGGUGGAAAAUCGGCGGCUGCCGUUGCCGGUGUCCGCCGUGAGGCGGCUUCUGCCUUUGCCUCUGCUGUUGAUUGGAGUGUUCCGUCUGCGACUGCCGAAGAUCUGCAGGACAAGAAAGCUGCUGCCAUGACGUCUGUGAUCCGACCCGAGCCUUCAUCUAACGCCGCUACUAAAGGGAUCCAGGUUAUGCCUAGGGCUCAAACGGUUCAUCCUUUGGAUCCUUUAUCUGCUGCUGAAAUCUCUGUAGCCGUGGCAACUGUCAGGGCAGCUGGUGCCACCCCUGAGGUGAGAGACGGCAUGCGUUUUAUCGAAGUGGUUCUACUGGAACCAGAUAAACAUGUGGUUGCACUGGCAGAUGCCUAUUUCUUUUCACCUUUCCAACCAUCGUUGUUACCUAGAACCAAAGGAGGACUGACAAUUCCCAGCAAGCUUCCUCCAAGGCGGGCUAGACUAGUUGUCUACAAUAAAAAAUCGAAUGAGACAAGUAUAUGGAUUGUUGAACUAACUCAAGUACAUGCAACAACUCGAGGUGGGCAUCACAGGGGAAAAGUUAUCUCAUCCACAGUUGUUCUGGAUGUUCAGCCACCUAUGGACGCUGUGGAAUAUGCUGAAUGUGAAGCUGUUGUCAAAGAUUACCCUCCAUUUAUAGAGGCAAUGAAGAAAAGGGGUAUUGAUGAUAUGGAUCUAGUCAUGGUUGAUCCUUGGUGUGUUGGUUAUCACCGUGAGUCUGAUUCUCCUAGUCGUAGACUUGCGAAACCACUUAUAUUUUGCAGAACCGAGAGUGACUGUCCUUUGGAAAAUGGCUAUGCACGGCCAGUGGAAGGAAUUCAUGUUCUUGUCGAUAUGCAAAAUAUGGUAGUUAUCGAGUUUGAAGAUCGUAAAUUUGUCCCCUUACCUCCAGCUGAUCCAUUGAGGAAUUACACUCCUGGUGAAACAAGAGGAGGGGUUGAUAGAAGUGAUGUGAAACCCCUGCAAAUUGUUCAGCCAGAGGGACCUAGCUUUCGAGUUAAUGGACGUUAUGUAGAGUGGCAGAAGUGGAACUUUCGGGUUGGUUUCACUCCGAGAGAGGGUUUAGUUAUCCACUCGGUUGCCUAUGUUGAUGGUAGUCGGGGUCGAAGACCUAUAGCUCACAGGUUGAGCUUUGUGGAGAUGGUUGUUCCCUAUGGGGAUCCCAAUGAUCCACAUUACAGGAAGAAUGCAUUUGAUGCUGGGGAAGAUGGCCUUGGGAAGAAUGCUCACUCUCUUAAGAAGGGAUGUGAUUGUUUGGGAUAUAUAAAGUAUUUUGAUGCUCAUUUCACAAAUUUUACUGGAGGAGUUGAAACAACGGAAAACUGUGUAUGUUUGCACGAAGAGGAUUAUGGAAUCCUGUGGAAGCAUCAAGAUUGGAGAACAGGAUUGGCAGAAGUUCGAAGAUCAAGACGUCUUACCGUUUCUUUUAUUUGCACUGUUGCCAAUUAUGAAUAUGGAUUCUAUUGGCACUUUUAUCAGGAUGGGAAAAUUGAAGCAGAAGUUAAACUUACUGGAAUUCUCAGUUUAGGAGCACUGCAACCAGGAGAAACUCGAAAAUAUGGCACAACAAUUGCCCCAGGAUUAUAUGCCCCAGUUCAUCAGCACUUUUUUGUUGCUCGUAUGGAUAUGGCAGUUGACUGCAAGCCUGGAGAAGCACACAAUCAGGUUGUUGAAGUGAAUGUCAAAGUUGAAGAACCUGGAAAGGAUAAUGUUCACAACAAUGCUUUUUAUGCUGAGGAAACUUUGCUUAGAAGUGAAUUAGAAGCCAUGCGUGAUUGUGAUCCUUUCUCAGCUCGCCAUUGGAUUGUAAGCAUUCUGACCUGAUAGCAUGACCAUUUA